AUGAACGUUGGUGGUCUGUUGGCUUCUGCUGGUGUGAAUAGUGUUGUCUGCCUUGGCGUCUUCUCCUUGUAUUCUGUGUUGAGAAAACAACCAAGCCUCGUCGCUGUGUACUUUGCGCAAAAGAUUGCUCAAUCCAAAUCCAAACACCACGAUCCCUUCUGGCUCGGGAGGCUCGUCCCAUCCGCGAGCUGGGUCGUCAAGGCCUGGGACGCAACCGAGGAUGAAUUGUACGUUGCCGGGGGCGUCGACGCCGUUGUCUUUCUGCGUGCAGUCGUCUUCAGUAUCAAAUUGUGCACUGUGGCAUCUAUCAUAUGCUUGGCAUUUGUUCUUCCUCUUAAUUAUUUUGGGAAAGAAAGGCAGCACAAGCACAUCAGAGAAGAGCUUUUAACUGUCUUCACCAUUGGCAAUGUCCAAAGAGGAUCAGAAUGGUUUGGUUUCCAUUGUCUUGUAUUACAUAUCAUAACUAUAUGUGCAUGUUUCUUUCUUUACUCUGAAUUCAAGUACAUCAUGAAGAUGAGAUUAAACCACAUAAAUUCACCUCUUUACCAUCCCAGUCAGUUUACAGUAGUUGUCCGAGCAAUCCCAUGGAUAGACCAAGAAUCAUAUAGUGAUACUCUAGCCAGAUUCUUCACAGAUUUCUAUGCAUCAAGCUACUUAUCCCAUCAAAUGGUUUAUGAGAAGAGUGCAAUCCAGAAAUUGAUGAGUGAUGCUGAGAGGAUGUACGAGAUUCUCAGAAACAUCCACAUGGAGAGACGAUAUGUGAAAAGACUAUUGAGAUGCGGGUUUUGUGGAAGCCAUAAUAGUGCUUCACAAGAUUUCAGGACACUUUCCGACGAAUCUAAUAAUGUUACUAAUGAGAAAACCUUCCUUGACGAUUCAGAUGUAAGAAAAAUAUUUGAUUUCGAAUCAGAGUGUGGAGCAGCACUAGUUUUCUUCAGGACUCGUUAUGCUGCGUUGGUUGCAUCGGAGGCUCUUCAAUCGCAGAACCCCAUGGCAUGGGUGACCAAUGCUGCUCCUGAACCACGUGACGUGUUUUGGGCUAAUCUUUGUGUCUCCUACCAAAGCCUUUGGAUUCGGAAGAUUAUAGUUGUCGUCGCCUCCAUUUUCUUCGUCACUUUCUUCCUUUUCCCUGUUGUUUUUACACAAUCUCUUGUCCAUCUUGAUAAACUAACAAAGUUGCUACCAUUCUUGGAGAAGGCUGUAAAAAGGGUGGUUUUGGAGCAGCUGGUGACUGGAUAUCUACCUAGUGUUAUACUAACUUUAUUUCUAUGCUUGGUUCCGCCGGUGAUGUAUGUGUUCUCGACGUUGGAGGGUGUGAUUUCGCGCAGCGAGAGGAAAAGAAGUGCUUGCAUCAAAGUUCUAUACUUCGUCAUAUGGAAUGUCUUCUUUGCUAACAUCUUAACAGAGGCAGCUAUCGACCAUUACCAGAUCUCAAUCCUCAGGCUAGGAGACUACAAAAACAUACCUACUUUGCUUGCCAAAGCCGUCCCUACUACGGCAACCUUCUUCAUGACAUAUUGUCUAACAUCAGGGUGGGCUAGCUUGGCCUGUGAGUUGAUUCAGCCAUUCCCUCUCAUCUCCAACUUGUUCACUCGAUACAUUCUGCGAAGCGCUGAAGACUCAUACUUUCCAUAUACAUUUCCUUACCACACAGAAGUUCCGAGAGUUCUCUUGUUCGGUCUGCUUGGUAUCACUUGCUCCACCUUGGCGCCGUUGAUACUUCCAUUCGUGCUUGUCUACUUCAUGCUCGCAUUCCUCGUGUACCGCAACCAAAUACUUAAUGUAUAUGUGACUGACUACGACAGCGGCGGCCAGUAUUGGCCGAUUAUUCACAACACAACAAUCUUCUCCCUCGUCCUGAUGCAGGUCAUUGCUCUCGGAGUCUUUGGGAUAAAAGACGCGCCGGGGCCUUCCACGUUUACUUUCCCUCUCAUCGUUGUGACUCUCCUUUUUAAUCAGUUCUGCAGGCAGAGGUUUCUGUCAGUCUUCUUCAGAACUCCGGCUAAGAGUGUUAUUGAGAUGGACCGUAGAGACGAACAAAGCGGGCAAAUGGCAGAAAUCCAUCAGAGCUUGCUAACUGCUUACACUCAGUACUAUUCAAACAGUGGGAACAAGAACAAAGAUAUGAUUAAUAGAACUGAUGCUGAACUUGAUGAAACUGAGACGUUAGACAUUUCUCAUGCUUAAGAUUGACAAUGAUCAUGAUGAUGAAUUUUGAGUUCGGAAUUUCCUUACAAUAAUCUCGGUUGGAGAUCCGCUGCUAACUAUGUUGGUAUAUAUUACAGUGAUCAUUCCGCUGCUAAAAUUUGUUGGUAAAACGUGAGUUUUUUUUUGUAGCGAGGGGCUUAAGUCCCUCUUUGCUUCUAUGUGUGAUAGUCAGGUUGUAUAUAUGUAAUAUCUCUACCUAACUCUUUUACUUUAGUACAUCUUGAAUCCAUUCUCAUUUUUUAUAGAUAUAUUUUGUAACUGGUAAUUUAGAGAAACGUAUAUAUUAUUUCGAAUUGAAGGUUUUUUUUUGUGUUUGAACUUUUAAGGGUUGAUCGAAUGGCCUUAUCUAUAAAGCAUGUCAUGAUCUCUAUAUGAUGGGAUAGUGAUCAAUUGCAUAAUUAUAUCUUAAUACAUAACUAAAGAUUAAAUCUAAAAAGUGGAAGAAUAAAAUUGGAUGAAUUUAGAAAACGCGGAGUUCCAAUGGCUACUUUUUGUUAGAACUAGCCUAUGUUUUAGCCUUCAAAACUAAUUUAUCGUCUUUGAGAAUUGGAUUAUGAGAUGAAAUUACUAAACCAUCCUUUAGCUUUUCUACCCUCAGUUUGUGCAGAUAUUAUGGAGUACUAUUCUAUUUUUAUAUCAAUCAUAAACUUUAAACUAAGCUAUCAAACACACUAAUCUUCCGUCCCCUAAAAAUAUAAAUUCUUUUCUUUUUAGUCCAUCCUCUAAAAAUAAAAACUUUCAAUUCAAGGAAACUUCUAUCUUUUGAAUAAAGUAGGACCUAUGUUUUUUUACUAAUACACCUUUUUUUAUCUCUUACUUUACCUACUUUAGAUUAAAAUUUGUCCUUUUUCAAAAAAAAUUAUUUUUGGGGAGGAAUGAGUAUAACACAUGUCAUAUUCAUUACUUUAGCUAGCCAAAAUAUGGAUUGUGCACCAAACGAUUAUUUUAGCUAGCCAAGAUAUGGAUUGUGUACCAAACGAUGGACUAUGUAAGAAAUUAAUGUGCUUCGUAAUUAUAUUGGGCCUUCAAAUGAUGUUAUAACAGAGUUUGGACUUCGAUCGGGCCCACGCAAUUGUGAAGAGGCAUGACACGAGUGACUCCCCAACAAUUUUUGUUUUAUCUCAUAAUUAUAAUUUUGAAGUUAGUGUAUGCUCUUAAACACAAUAAUUUAAUUACAUGGAAAUAAGGAACAUUACAGUUUUUGUGCUACUUUCCAGAUUACAACAGUACUAGUAUCUAAUUAUUCAUUUUUAUUUUCAUAAGUAUGUAUUUAAAACAAAUGAAAUCUAAUAUCACAAACCUUAUAGGAGUAAUUAUUUAUAAUUAAAAAAAAGAGAGGAAAAAGAGGAACUCAUCAGAUCAGAGGAUAGUGCAAAAGGAGGAAGAGGCGCCGGAAUCUGCGGCCACGGCGGAGGAAUCGACGCCGGGCAAAGCCUUGCAGUUGCAGUGUUGACCUUCCGGAAUUCGUUUGUGCACCGCCGGAACGUGGCGGCCGCAGCCGCCCCAGCUAGUUUUGCCGCAACUGGAGCACUUGCUUUCGUAACACAUCUUUAAUCUUUCUCUUCUUCCCUUUCUUUCUCUCCGUCUCCUCUCCCAAUCUGUGCGUGUAUAUAUAUUAGAGUAUAUUUCAAAUUAUAUUCUUGAAAAAUAGGGGUUUACAUCAAGUCAUUUUCAACUUUUUUUUAU